GCGCGUCAGGCGCCCGCGCUCCCGUGCUGAGCCGCGGCGGAGGCGGCAGCAUGGAGGGCGAGAGCACGCAGGCGGUGCUCUCGGGCUUUGUGCUCGGAGCGCUGACCUUCCAGCACCUCAGCACGGACUCGGACACGAAUGCAAAGAAAUAACCUCUAUUGUGGCCUGGGUUUUUACAAGAUUUGGAGCACAUAGCAGCACGUUAAAAAAGCAGAUUCUGAAAUUGAAUCCCGACUCUUCAUUGUUUCAUCUUUGCCCAAUGUUUCAUAUUUUACACCAAUUUAAAUUUGGAAAUACCAAUCAUUGUGUCAUAUAGCUGAGAAACGUCCAGACUUCCAGAAGCAGGAAGGUUUUCUCAUUGGGGAAGUGAAAGGUGAAGCCAAAAAUAGCAUUACUGAUUCCCAAAUGGAUGAUGUGGAGGUUGUUUAUACAAUUGACAUUCAGAAAUACAUUCCAUGCUAUCAGCUUUUUGGCUUUUAUAAUUCUUCAGGUGAAAUAAAUGAGCAAGCACUAAAGAAAAUACUACCAAGUGUCAAAAAGAAUGUGGUAGGUUGGUACAAAUUCCGUCGUCAUUCAGAUCAGGUUAUGACAUUUAGAGAGAGAGUGCUUCACAAAAACUUACAAGAGCAUCUCUCAAAUCCUGAACUUGUUUUUCUGUUAAUAACACCAAGUAUAAUAACAGAGAGCUGCUCUACUCAUCGCCUGGAACAUGCACUAUAUAAACCUCAAAAAGGACUUUUUCAUAGGGUACCUUUAGUGGUUGCCAAUCUGGGCAUGUCUGAACAACUGGGUUAUAAAACUGUAUCGGGUUCCUGCAUGUCCACUGGUUUUGGCAGAGCAGUAAAAACACACAGGAACCUAAUGCUUUACAGAUCUGAAUUUUUUAAAGAUGAUGGAUCUUUAAAGGAGGUACAUAAGAUAAACGAAAUGUAUGCUUCAUUGCAAGAUGAACUAAAGAGUAUAUGCGAAAAAGUAGAAGAGAGUGAGCGAGCUGUAGAGAAACUACUGGAGGAUGUAAACAGAUUAAAACGAGAAAUUAAAAAAAGGAAACAGGCACAGAUUCAAGCAGUAGGAGAGAAGAAUAUCCCAAAAGACCCUCAGGAGAACAUUUUUCUCUGUCAAGCUUUACGGACCUUUUUUCCAGAUUGUGAAUUUCUUCAUUCAUGUGUUAUCUCUUUGAAAAGCAGACAUGUUUCUAAAAGUAGCUGUAGUACCAACCACGAUCUCAAUAUGGUAGACAACUUGACCUUAAUGGUAGAAUGCACUGACAUCCCUGACACUAGUCCAGUCAGUACACCACAAAUGAGUAAGCGUAAAGCUUUAGACGCAGAUGAUGGAUGGCAACUGAAGAAAUUACGGCUGUUAGAGAGAGAAAACAAACUAUUUAAAACAGAUGCUGAUAGUAGCAACCAAGCUAAAGCAUCUGCAAUGAGCAGCCCAGAAACAGAUGAAGAGAUUGAGAAAAUGAAGGAUUCUAUUGCAUAUCCACAAUCACCUACAUUUUGAUCCAUUGAGUCCAAAAUGAGAUUUUCGAUUUGAUUGAAAGGUCAAGCCAAGUGUUUCUAUUUAUACUAUAUUCUGCUACCUUCAGUAAUACAGAUAAGUUUGUUUCUACUAUAUUCAGACAUUUGCAGAAAUACAUAGGUAGUUUGUUUUUACUAUGUUCACUGGUGUGCAGUAAUACCUAGAGAAGUUCUAUUGCAUUUAUUUUAUAAAGCACUUUUUAAACAUCAGAUGCUUUUAUUUUGAAAUAAAAACUUUCACUAUUUAAAUAGA